CAGAUUUUUUUUUUGUUGGGACCAAACUAUUUCAGAUUGAAGCUCUCUCUCUCACUCACAGAGCAAACGAAGUGGUUGCUGCGAAACCCUAGCCGCAUACAGUGGAUAAAGAGCAAAGCAAUUGCUGCGAAAACCCCAAACAUUUCCAGAGACAAAACAGUGUGGAAAUAGAAUUUCCCAUAAUAAACAGAGACUAGAUCACAUUCUUCAUCACAUCGUUUUCAUCAUUUUAAUGGGUUGAGACUCGAAAGGGCCGAGAAACAUGCCCCCUCAGUCUUCAGGUUGUUUACUUGGAAGUUUUGAUGGCAUGAGUGGAGUCGGAAAAAAAUAAAAUAAAGCCAUCGCGAGGGUACAUGGAGGAGGUGGUUGGACUGGUUGCCACACUCGAGGGCAUGGUCCUGCGGAGGGAGGCACAGUUGUCUGUCGCGGGCAUUCAGAUGCCUUCAUGGUCCGGUCAGCCGCAGACCAGGCCACCUAGGCCUCCUUGGGGAGCUGGGCCAUUUGGGCCUUUUCAGGGAGUUGGGUCACCCGGGCCUUUUCAGGGGGCGGGGCCAUCCCGGCCUUCCCGAGGAGCCGGGCCAUCUAGGCCUUUUCGGGGAGCUCGAGGAGGGCCUGUCCGCAGACGCAGGGCUCACGUUGUGGAGGUGGAGCCUGAUGAGGAGGAGGAGGAUGCUGAGGAUGAGGAGGAGGCUACCGAUCGUCAGUCAGAGACAUCUGCUGAGGAGGGGGGCUCCGGUUUUGGCUCGGGGAAUAGAGGCGAGGCUGAGGGGGAUCCUGAGGAUGACAGCUCCGACUCAGAUGGUGGUGCGGAGAUUGUCCCGCAAAAGAGGAUGAGGCGUGCUUCUCGUUCCCGCUCCCGAGGACUUUGAUGUUGCUAUUUCCUGCUUUAUUUUUCUUUUUGCUAGUAGUUUGUAGCACUUUGCACAUUGUUAGGCAGUUUUAUUUUUUGUAAAACUUGUACCUUUGUUUGUUGUAAAGCAUGAUGAAAUGAAAUAGCUUUUGAAAAAGUGUUUGUGCUUUAAAUU